AUGGAAGAAAUCGACGCACUGGAGUGGAUUGACGACGUUCUCGAGGAUGCGGCCUCUACGGACCCCGUCGAGCUCGAGGCACUUGCUCGUGAAGGACUCAAACUCUCUCGAAAAGCGAAGAUAUACCGUGACGAAGUAAUUUUCGCCUUCCUCGUCGAUUUCUACCAUUGGACACCUCGUCAAGGUCGUGUCAAGGCAUCUGCUCGGGUGGCGCAAAACUUGGGUCGAGGACCGGCCUUCGCUCGCAAGCUAAGUAAGCAAGCACGGUUUUUUGAGAAGAACGGUGCUAUCGAGCCAAGCCGCCAGGGGAAGAAGGAAACGAAAGGUGGGAUGAUGGAGGAUGAGAGAGUGGAAAUGGGUGUGCAGCGAAUGCUUCGCACAGUCGAGACUGGAAAGAUUACACCUAAACUUCUCCUGCGCCAUGUCAAUGAUCACCUGCUUCCCUCACUCAACCUUAAGAAAAAGAGCAUCUCGCUCUCGACUGCGCGAUCAUGGCUGAUCUGUCUUGGUUAUCGCCGCAAGAAACAUUCGAAGGGGAUUUACUAUGAUGGUCAUGAACGGAAGGACGUGCGAAAGCGUCGCAUGGUCUAUCUGAAGGAGCAUGUGGACGUCGAACGGUUUGUGGCCCGGUAUGAAGGUCCCGCAAUGGACGAAUCAGUGCCAUCUCUCGAGGAGGGAGAGAAAGAGCACGUCUGGAUUUACCAAGAUGAAUCAGGAUUCCACGAUAACGAUGCUCAAGGUGUUAGUUACUGGCUGAAGCCGGGCGAGCAGGUGCUCAAGAAGAAGGGCCGUGGAAGGCUGAUGAUGGUGUCGGGUUUCAUCUGUGAGCGAUUUGGGAACCUGGAGUUGACAGACGAGAUGAAAGAAGCAAAUGCAAAGCUUCCAGAAUCGAUCCGUCUUCCGAUCACUGAUUCUCGAGUGGUGAUCUAUCCGACGUCGAAGGAGGGUGGCGAUGAUUAUUGGAAUGCUAAACAAAUGCUCAAGACAUCGAUUCCCAUUGCACGCCAACUGUUCCCCAAUGCAGUCAUUCACUGGGUCUUCGAUAACUCAUCAUGUCACGACUGCAUGCCUGCCGACGCACUUUCCACCUCUAAGGUGCUCGUCAAUCCUGCCGGUGGCCAACCAUUUUUGCGUGACACUAUCAUCCCGCUGGACAACCCGUUCGGACAUGGCGGUAAACCUCAGCAGCUCGUCUUUCCUACUCACCUUCCCGAUGACCACCCAUAUAAGAAGUUUGAGGGAAAGCAGAAAGGAAUGAAGGUGAUCCUAGAGGAGAGGGGAUACAUUGGUCCUGGUCAGAUCGGACCCGGUGGGAAGAAGAUCAUCGGUGAUUGUGCCGUCUGCAAGGGCCGCAAGAAACGAAAGCCUCAGGUCGUGGGCGAUCCGCCGCCGGAACCCGACCCAGAGGAUUCGGAGGACUCGGAGGAUGAAGAAGACGAGGACGAACCGACGGAGUGUUGCAUGCGUCGCAUUCUCUCAUUGCAGGAAGACUUCCGCAGCCAGAAGUCAUUGCUCGAGAUUAUUAUUGAGGAGGCAGGCGACAUGUUCUGUCACUUUCUCCCAAAGUUUCACCCGGAAAUGAACCCGAUUGAAUACUUCUGGGGUUGGGUGAAGCGUUACUAUCGUGAACGUUCGAACGGUAAUUUUCAAGCAGGCAAGUUGCUUCUUCAUCAAGCUCUAGCCGCUUGCCCCCGCAUCACAAUACGCCGUUUCUUCCGCCGUGCACAACGUUACAUGAGUGUCUAUGGAUUGGGCGCCACCGGACUGGCAGCAGAGUACUUACAGUAUGCUGUGAAGAAGUAUCGGUCUCACCGUGGUGUUUCUCAGCAAGACUUGGACACAGCGAACGAGGAGAGGUCUGCGAGAGAUGCGAAGCUUCACUCUCGCUGA